AUGAUCACCAUGAAGCAAUCUGUGGAAGAUGACAUCAGUGAUGUGCUGUCCAGCAUGGUGGAGGAUGUCAGCGAUGCCGCCAACAGAAACAUUAGUGGCGCUCAUAUUCUUCAUGAACUCCUGAGUGCUCCAUGGCUUCGUACCUUAUUAAGGAUUUACAAGUGUCUGCUGCAGUUCCAGAGGGCAGCGCCAAGCCCAUUUCUACCUUAUGCCUCAGGACUCUCAUUUGAGAUCAUGAGUAUAUUACAUAAAGCACACCGUCCUUCAGCUGAAGCUAGAGAACUCUACAACCUCCUCAGCUCACCACAUGUCCAGGCCCUGCUAUCAUCCCAUGACAGUGUGGCUCAGUCGGACUAUUUACCUGUCCUGCCACCCCUGCCUGAUGGUUUACCUGAGGAUGAAGAGGCAGUGAGGAUUGUUUGUCUUGUUAAGAAUAAUCAGCCUCUAGGUGCAACAAUAAAGAAGAAUGAGGAGACAGGAGAUAUAUACAUAGCUCGGGUGAUCUGUGGAGGACUGGCUGACCGCAGCGGACUCCUUCACCCUGGUGAUCUGUUGGUGGAGGUGAAUGGUAACUCAGUGGUGGGCAUGGAGCCAGAAAAGGUCAUCCAGAUACUGACUAGUUCCAAAGGCACCAUUCUGUUUAAAGUCAUUCCAAAUUCUGCACAAGUCAGCAUCAAUCAGAAGCCGGUGUACAUGAGGGCGAUGGUGGAUUACUGCCCACUGCAGGACUCCUGCAUCCCCUGUCCCGAUGCAGGGAUGGCUUUCAACAGAGGAGACCUACUGGAGGUGGUCGACCAGUCAGACGGACAGUGGUGGCAGGCCAGGAAACUGCCCUGCGGAGCAUCCUUCGCUGGUUUGAUUCCUUCUGCCAGCAUGCUAAAGAGUCGACAGAAGGAACAGUGGUGGGGUCAGCCAUUACAGGUCCACACCUGCAUCAGACCCUUUACUCCAGCCGAAAACGACGAGGAUCCAUCACAUGUUAAUGACAAAUGCAUCAUCACAGAUUUGGAAAACAACAAAGAAAUAAACUUUGAUGAGCUUGACUAUGACAUUACUGAUGGAUUCUAUUUGGCUGGUUUCAGUCGGAGUUUCCGUCUCUGGAGGAGGACGUCUUACAAGAAAAGACGUCAAUCCUGCACGUCCUGCUCUCCUGUCAACAACGCUCUGUCCUCCCCCUACGAGGAGGUGGCUUUGUACCAGCGUCUCCCGCAAGAAAACCAGCGCCUGAUCAUUCUGAUUGGUGCAUCAGGAGUUGGAGUAAAUGAGCUGAGGAAAAGACUCAUCAAACUGAACCCUUCAACCUUCCAGGGACCUGUACCCCACACCACUCGUCCAAUGAAAGAGCAGGAACAGACCGGAAGAAACUACCACUUUGUUACGAAAGAGCUGUUUGAAUACAUGGUCUGCAACAACAGAUUUGUAGAGUACGGGGACAGUAGGGGCCACAUGUAUGGAACAAGCAUGGAUGCCAUUGAUGAGGUGCUAAAACUUGGACAAAUGUGCAUCAUGGAUGUUGAACCACCUAGCAUUCAUUUGUUACGGUUGAGAAACCUGAAGCCGUAUGUGAUAUUUAUCAAAGCCCCCAGUCCAGAAAGACUGAGACAAACACGACGAAAUGCAAAAAUUAUUACCAGCUUCACCAUCAACAGAGCCUUCACAGAGGAAGACUUUACAGAACUGGAGGUGACUUCACAGCUCAUUGAGGCUAAAUACAAACAGUUUUUUGACAGCACUGUGGUGAACGACGACUUACAGGACGCCUGCAUGCAGCUCUGCUCCAUCAUCCAGCAGGCGCAGACCGAACCUCAGUGGAUACCUGUCAGCUGGCUUCGAACUCAGGACGAAUGAAGAGAAUGUGCAAAA